AUGCCACCAGAGUGCCACAACUCAGGAGCGAGUCAGAAGACAACAUGUUUGCCGGCCCAGCUGAACGCGCACCGUACAAAUUCGCCAUGCGCUGUGCCGUAUGGUAUCUUCCAGGUUCAACUGAGCACGCAUGGACUUCAUGAAUGA